CAUCAGCACAGCGAAUCCACUCUAACCUUAGAGAUAACCCCUAAGUAAAAAAAAAAUGGCAUUCGCAGGAAUCCUGAACGACGCUGACAUCACUGCAGCCCUCGCAGCUUGCUCAGCUCCCGACUCUUUCAAGCACAAGGAGUUCUUUGCUAAGGUCGGUCUGUCUGGCAAGAGUCCCGAUGAUGUGAAGAAGGCCUUCGCUGUCAUUGACCAGGACAAGAGUGGCUUCAUUGAGGAGGACGAGCUGAAACUGUUCCUGCAGGUCUUCGCCGGCUCUGCCAGAGCUCUGACCGACGCCGAGACCAAGGCCUUCCUGAAGGCCGGUGACAGCGAUGGUGACGGCAUGAUCGGAUGCGACGGUAAGCCAACAAGAGGAACUUUAUCUGAAAUUAAAACAUACAUACAUGCAAAGCCUUCAAAGAUGUUGAAAUAACACUUUCUUUGUCAUCCUGCAGAGUUCGCUGCCAUGGUCAAGGCAUAAAUGAAGAAAGCGACCAACAUCUUACUUCACUAAAGGAACAACUUUGAGCCAAGACAUAUGCCUUCUAUCUUUUCUCCUCUUCCCUCUCACUCUCUCUCUCUCUGAAACUCUCCACACCACUUUUAUACAAUUGACCUCUUAACCCCUGACUGUAAACUUACUGCACCCCCCUCUCUCUGUUCACCCCUUUGCUGUCCACGAGGAAUGUACCUGACUAAGUGUAUUAGCGUGGUUGCUUGUGUCUUUCUCUCUCUCUCUCUCUCUCACUUCUGUCCUCGUUUUACUAUGUGAGUUUUGCUUACUGUGAGAUCAGUGAUGAUGUACUUUUAUGGGAAACGGACAGACGAUGAGCCAACAAUAAAGGUUCUUUUUCAAUAAG